GGAAUCUUAUGCACUCUGCAUUGUGGGUAUAGAGUCAGGAACUCAGAAGCCAGGUGUUUAGCUUUACGAGGAUAAGUUGUGCACACAAAGUCGCGUAAUACAAAGUCAAAUCCUCACUGUUCAGCGCCGGCCAGAGCAGACUCACUCAACAAUUGGUCCGAUCUGUCAGCACUAUCUUUCAGUCCCGACCAUGCCUCCACUACCUGUGACCUCGAAUAUGUCUCACCGUCGCAUUGCACCCGCGGUAAGCUUUCCCCAGCUCUGCUUUUCGGUGAAGGGUUCCAUCCCAACCCCAAGGACUGGUGGCUUCUUCUCACCGGAGCUCCGGGAGUCGGCACCGACCAGGAACCUGAGCGCGUCAGAUUGUGACACAUAGCACGGUAAGAAGAGCAUGCACAGCAUGCUUUGGUAGUUCGGACGGGAUUCAUAUUGCAUGUGGUAUCGAACAAUCCGCCAUCCCACCAUAGCGUAGCGUCGCACCAUCAUUCCGACCGGCCACACCCCUGUGUUUGAGCCCAGGUGCCUCUAGCGGCCUCAGAUACACUCUCGAUGUUGACAGUUGGCUAGUGCAGCAAGCAAAAGCAAAGGGCCAAGGGACAGUCAAGUCUCUUGUUUCCUCCUCCUGGCGGCGCGAGGGGGAUUUUUAAGGUUCACCCCGUCUUCCCUUAUUAUUAGCUGACCGACCAACAAGACCGACCGGCCUGUACUGUGUAUUCAAAGCUGCCAUGUUCGAUGUUGUGUGACGCGACGCGGGCCUGUUCCAAGUUGCUUUGUGCAUUGACUGCCACGCCCUGCAAGCGCCCCCGGUAAACUUCACUUCUCUCCGACGACAUCUCAUGCUGACCGUGACGCGCCGCGAAUCGAUGGAAACUUCUUUCGCGCUCACAACACACCCAGAGGCCGUCCGUAUCGCAAACAACCUCCUCCGCCUCUCCCGGGGCCGCUGCGGAACCCCGCGUGGACCUCAGAGGUCCAGCAUUGACACGCAGACGCAGUGAUGGAUCAGCCCGAACAUGAUGGUGCUGUCGAGGACCCGGCGACCAUCCCGCGCUCCGAAUCGCGUCUCAAGAGGUUGUCCGGCGUGACUGCCAACCGCCUGUCCAUACCGUUCUCUCUCUUCUCGUUCAGGUCCUCACGCACGUCAGACAGCGAAGUCAAGAGGCUGUCUAAGCAACAGAAUGGCGGGGCAAAGAGCUCCCAGCCAAGUGAAUCCACCAGGACAUCGACAACGACCGAACCACUGCCAGACGAGCAGGAUGCUGUCGGCCAACUACCGGCCCUCCCCGUACUUGGAACGUCGCGCGGGGGCUACCUGAGAUCACUGCUGUCGCUCUUCUCAGAUGGCCACGAUCACGACGGGAGAUCCACCCAGACAGCCACGCCCGUAUCAGUGCACACGCCCCUGAGCGACAUCAGCCCGUGGCCGAGAAGCCUGGGCCUGUACGAGUAUGAUCUGAACUCACCCGUGAUAUACAGGUUCUCCAAGAACCACCAGCUCUACAUCGGAUGGCCCGAUGUUGUCAACCCGCCGCCAGAGGCCCUCGUCGAGUUCGAGACCGAGACCCUGCCGCUGUUGGAACAGGACCUGCGGGGGAUCUGCGCACACCUCAGCCAGCAGGACAUACGCAUCACGUAUGAGCUGCGCAUGUCGGGCCACGCAGACCUCACGGCCGGCACGGUGACCCUGGCACCGACAGUCUGGAUCCUCUACAGGUCAUACACCCUGGCAGGCAACGUGGUCACGGCAGCCGCGCUGAACCAGGUCGCCCUGGGGCUGGACUACCUGCAGACGGACAUCGAGAUCCACGAGGGGGGCGGGCGGAUCGAGGCGAGCAGCGACCGGAAGCUGGUCGACGUGGACCUGGACCUGGACGCCGCCGCCGACGACGCCAGCACCAACAACAGCGCGAGCAACAGGGACAGCAUCCAGCUGUCCAACGGGGCCGUGCUCUCCGUGCACGUCGAGAGCUGCCGGGGCAGGGACACGGCCUGCGGCGCGCUGGUCUGCGUCACGGUGCAGGAGGACAAGCUGCGCACGCAGCAGAGCCUGUGCCGGCUGGGCGGGCUGCUCAAGAUCAACGGCCGGUACGUGCUGGGCGUGACGACGGCGCACGCGAUGCUGGACAGCAGCGGCAUCUUCAAGGACUCGUUCGACGGCGGCGGCGGCGGCGACGGCGACGGCGACCUGCGCACGCCCAAGGGCAAGGCCGUCGACCGCGACGCCAUCGUGCUCGAGGCCGGCGAGGUCGAGCCCGGCGCCUGGCAGCCCGCCACGCGCGACGCCGCCAUCGACUUCCUGGGUAUAUCCAUGAACUCGCGCGGCGACGUGGCCCUCAACCGCGCGCGGCCCCAGAACGCCACCGACUUUGCCAUGCUGCGCCUGCGCGACGUCCCGCCUGGCAUCCGGAACCGGUACGUGCCGCCCGGGUCCGACGCGCCCGUCACCAUCAGGUCGACCGCGUCCGCGAGCUCGUCCGCGCUCGACGAGGGGCCGGUGUAUCUCCUGGGCGGUGCGGGCCGCGUGGCUGAUGCGCAGCUCGUCUGGGGCUCGGUGUGCUUUAUCAUCCGGGGGAGGAACUUCCGCGUCCGCAGGGUGCAGACCGCUCAGCCAUUGGGCCCUGCCGCCUCGGGAUCAUGGGUGGUAAAAGGCGAGGUCCUCUACGGCGUCAUCAUAGCCGUCUACAAGGACGAGCCCUUCGCCCUGAUGAUGACGGCCGAGCGCCUCUUCGAGAGCAUCCUGGGCUCCGCCUUCUCCGUGCGCACCGUCGAGCUGUGGGACGGCGUCCUCCCCGAGGCGGAGAAGCCCGAGGCGCGCGUGGGGCGCACCCGCUCCGCGACGACGGCGACCACAGAGGCCUCCUCCUCAAAGACCGCCCCGAAGCGCGACUCGAGCACGCGCACCAACGGCACCCGCGCCCAGACGGAGUCGUCGCGCCCCUCGACCCUGACGCGCAGCUCGACGACGCAGGUGCGCGACUUCCAGCUCAAGGCCGACGGGCCCGGCGGCGAUGGCGGUGGCGGUGGCGGGGGGGACCCGGCCGAGGUGCUGGGCUUGCACCCGGCGCUCCGGGGCCAGGAGGCGCGCGACAAGAGGGCCGCGAAGCGGGCCUCGAUGGGCAGCCGCGCGGGCAGGCUGCUGGCCCCGUCGGCACAGGUCAGGAGCUACCUGGACAAGAAGCUGCCGAUGCUCGUGCGCCGGGCGAGCAAGGGCAGGGACAAAGGUAAGGAUAAGGGCAAGAAGGUUGAUCGCGGGACUCCGACCGAGGGUGCGUGA